AUGUUUUUAGUUCAUUUACCGUCUACUCACGUAUUGGUUCAGACACCUUAGAUAUCAGCUUUACCUGUAGUAGGUAAUAGGCUAUUGGUUAACUAAUUUUCAAAAUACAAAUAUGUGGCACUUUAGCUUGUGCUUAAUAUGUAUCACGGUCGGCGUUUCUGCACAAAUAUCAAAUGUCGAUCAAGCCAUGAAAAAUCAACAAGUUGUACCUCACGUAAUUCCAGAUGCUCCAAAAGAAAUUAUACAAGUAAAUUAUUUGAGUGGCGCGGAAGCAUUACUUGGCAAUGAACUUACACCUACUCAAGUGAAAGACCAACCGUCAGUUAGUUGGAAUGCUGACCCUAGUUCAUUUUACACGCUAUGUUUGACCGAUCCUGAUGCUCCGAGUCGCGCUGAACCUACAAUAAGAGAAUGGCGUCAUUGGUUGGUGGGAAACAUACCCGGUGGAAAUGUGAACAUGGGAGAAACACUUACCGGAUACAUAGGUUCUGGACCUCCACCAAAAACAGGAUUACAUCGAUACGUGUUUUUAGUAUACAAACAACCAUGCAAAUUAUCAUUCGAUGAGCCGCGUGAAAGCAAUAGAUCUAUCGAACAUCGUGAAAAAUUUUCAAUCAAUAAAUUUGCAUUGAAGUACAAUUUAGGAACACCCGUGGCUGGUAAUUUUUAUCUAGCCCAAUACGACGAUUAUGUUCGAAUUCUAUACCAACAAUUUGGAAUUAAUCUAUGAUCUAUCUUAAUUCAACAAUAAGUAGCAAAAAUAGUAACUCUAUAUUAUUUAAGUGGUCACAAAAAAAAAAAAAUUAUACAGAAAAUAAUAAUAUUUAAGCGACUAUUUGAGUUUCAAAGUCUAUGGUAU